GUUUCUAUCAACGGCGUCGGCCACAUGUUUGCUCGUGAGACGAGAUUUUUCGCGAAAUACCAUUGAAUUAUGGUCAAAAGUGCUGUGAAAUCAUAAAAAGGUGCUGAAUAAACUUGACAGUGACAUUGUACAAUUGAAUUGAAGUGGAAAUUUGCAAUAGUUUGCACGUAAACUCAAUAAAAAGAUUUUUUCAAAUACGCAAAAAGACUACGUUUUUUUCGUCUCUCUUUAUAACAUUAUUCUUCGUCGUCGAAUUGUCAAAUUUCGUCGUACUUUGCGUUCGGUUCGAGACAGCUUCGUGUGUGAAUUUCGGUUUUGAACGAAUAGAAUCGUAUGUGUAGAAAAUUGUACACAAAGCAAAGACCGCAAUAAAGAGGUGUUAAGAAGAAAACACAAAACGUGCGUUUAUAGUGAAUCGGAUUUUGAACUGUGUGAAUCUCAGCGAAUCGACGUUUGUCAACGUCUAGAUAUUGAUUUGUUUGAACGUUUUUGUCAUAUUUAUUGGGCAAGGAAGCAACAAAGAGUUUCCACAACGUUUCAGCAUUUUCUGGAGUAAGUAACGUAACUGACGUUACCGAUACUCCGGAGUCACACGAUAUACGAACUUAAACUAACAUGUCAGCAGCUAAAGAAGAAACUUCAAAAACGAGCGCCACCACUGCCACUCCAACGGUGGUCGCUCCCUCUGGUCAAACGUCUACCGCAGCUUCUACUUCAUACGCUAAUGUAUUGCAAAACUUGGAGGCCAAAAAAGGUGCCAUAGCCAAAAGUGAAACCGCUGAAGUCGCCGUUGCUGAUUCCGACAAUAAAGAAAACCAGCCCAAUUUGAAGACAAUUAAGUCAUGGAGUGAGGAGGCCGCUGCUGCUGAAGCAGCUACUGAAAAUUUAUCCAAUACCGUCGUUGAAGCUAGUCCUUCAGUGACCGGUGAGAAACGGGCUGCAAAUACGGAUGCUGGGGCUGAAAAUUCUUCGGAAAUCGAUGACAAUACUGACUUCGUACCAGUGGUUUCGCACCACCGCCGUGAUCGUAAAAAGCCACGUAAGGAGAAACCUUUUGGACGUGAACGACAAAGUGGCAACGGAAACAAUGGCAAUGAAAAGAUAACUAGCGGAGGCGGUGGGCAGCGUUCCGGUGGCGGCAAUGGCAAUGGUAAUGGCGGUGGUGGUGAAGGUGGACAAAAUAAACGAGUAGGAAGAGCAGGUGGCGGUGGUGCUGUUGAUAAAGAUGGAGAUAAAAAGUAUACUAGCCGUCCACGCCAACGCGGUGGUAGCCCACGUAAGGGUGCUGCUGGCGGAGCACCAAAGUCUCCCAAGGAACGCAAAGAUACUUCGCCAAGUGCUAGUGUCGAGAACACAAGCAGUGGAAAUGAAGCAAAAAGUAGCGAUGAAACUCCAGCGGCUGGAGCAAACGGUGCCCCAGCUGCUCCUCCUCAACCUAAGAAAUACGUUGCGGCACCCCCACCAAAAGUAAACGCUUGGAAGAUAUCAAAACAGUCUUCCAGCCCCAAAACAACCGGUUCGUCGCCAUUAGAAAACAAGCGUGUUUUACAACCUAAACAACAGCAGCCGCAGCAAACGCAGCAACAACCCCAAAAAGUUGCCAACAAUUCAGAAACUGCUCCGGCGCAUACUAAUCCAGUUGCUGAUAGCAAUAAAAGCAACAAUCCAAGCACCGACAGCAGUAAAGCAGCAGCAGCCACUCAGCACGAGGUAAACGCAACAACAGCGUUAAGCUCAACAGCAGCAGCCUCGGCGGCAGCAGCACCAGCAGCAACAACUAUUGUUGUACCCCCCACAGACGUAGCACCGACUGCGGUUGUGAAUAAAGGCAAGAAAGUCAAUCAAAAGGCAAGUGAUUUCACUAACGCCGGCGAUUGGCCUAUGCUAAUAGGUGGCAAGCCCACAAAUAACGAAUCUAAACGUUCCACGAAACAUAAGCAGCGUUCUGCAAACGCAACAAAUAACAAUAAUAAAGAGGAUAACGCUAGUACAGCGGCAGCAGCAACAGCACAAAGCAACGCUGAUCAAGCAACAGCAACAACAAGCACUACUGCCACAGCAGGCGACAAAGCUGCGACAACAAGUCAAACGGCAAAUGAGUCCAGUAAGUCUGGUACGCAAUCAGGCAGCGGUGAAGGCAGCAGUGGAUCUAGUGCCGCAAAUGCCACAACAGCAGCAGCCAACACAAGCUCAGGAUCAAAUGGCAUCAAUAAGAAGAUUCCCAAACACAAGUGGCGACCUCUGCAAAUCGACCUUGCCAAAUCCAGCCGCCCGAAACCGAUUGGACGCCCCGCUAGACGUUUACCAAACACUACGUCUCGCUAUCACCAGCAGCAACAGCAGUACCACAAUCAAGAGCAACGCAGCAGCGGCGGUGAUCACAACAAUGUCGGAGGCGCAACAGAACAACAACAGCGCAGCGAUUGGCGUCAACAUGCACCGCCAAGUGCCGGCGGUGGUGAAACAGUACGCGGCGGUGAACGCCCAGCGCGGCCCACUUCCCGCCCUACUGAGCGCAUUGAUUCCUGGCGUAGCGGCAGCGGCACCGAGCGCAGUAGUGCCGUCGGUGGCGGCAGCGUCGCAGAACGCGACUACGAGCGGCCAGCGCGCACGCAACGGCGCUUCCGGACGUCCUAUCGGGGUGGGCGGCAAGGGCGCGGUGGAUUCACAAGACCGGGACCAGGUCGUACGUCAAAUCGCAUACCACGCCAUCUGUUAACCAGUGGCGAAUACGCAAGCUAUUUGCCGGCGGAUGCAGCCGGUGUCGAACAGUCCUCGUUUGUGCUCAUGGGCACGCACUAUUACGGCCCAGUGCCGGCGGCCUAUAUUGAAAUGGACGCACAAGCGGUUAAGGAAUCGAUCAAGAAACAAGUUGAAUACUACUUCAGUGAAGAGAAUUUAACUGGCGAUUUCUUUCUGCGUCGUAAAAUGGACCCAGAAGGUUGUAUUCCAGUCACAUUGAUUGCUUCUUUUCAUCGCGUCUUAGCUCUGACUACCGACGUGGCAUUGCUCAUUAACGCCAUCAAGGAGUCCGAGAAGCUGGAGUUUCUCGAAGGCUACAAAGUACGCACAAAGACAAAUCCCACAAUAUGGCCUAUUCGCGACGUGAUCGAGACUACAUUUAAUCCAGCCGCACAGGUGGCUGUUUCAAAUGCAGCAGUGAACACUGCAAUUGGCCAAACACCAGAAAGUGUAAAUAAUGAUAUACAAAAGACUAACCAACCAGCGAAUGCUACAGCCAGCGCUGGCAACGAUAACAAUGUUGCGCCCGGCAGUGGUGGCGAUGGUGUUAACGUUGCGGCCACUCAAACUGUAGCUGAUGACAAUAAGAAUGCGGCAAGUCCCAUUGUGGCUGCCACGCCUACGGUAACGCCCAUUGCUGGUGUGGCGUACCCCAGCGAAGUGCCCUUACCGCCCAUACUUACCUCAGCUAUGGCAACGAAACCAUUGACUAGCAUCCCGCCACCGCCAGUGCCACGCAACUCUCAAAAUUUGGUCUCCUCGCUCUUGUUGCAGCAGGUGAAGCAAGUACCGACACCAGCUGUGAAUGCAGAGAAGGCCAUAAGCGCGCUCACACAAAAAGUGGCUGAAGUGGAGACUGGCAGUGGUGCUGUGGCUCAGUUGGCCGAUCACUUGAGUGGUCUGGCCGAAUGCGUGAAGAUGCCAACAGUGCCUACACAACCGCAAUUGACGUCGUCGACGCCACAGAAAGUGCAACAGAGUGUUGGUAAGAGGAGGGAGGAGCAAGGCAACACUGGAAAUACAGCGGCGGUGGUUGCCGACGAGACGGCGGGCGAUGCCGCUGAGGGCAUGUGGAAAGAGGUAAAGAGACGCUCAAAAUCAAAUGCUUUAAAAGAUACUAAAUCUCCCAAUCAACAACACUCCACACAAUCGCUAUCUACACAACAACAACAACUACAACAAAACAUUAAAACAUCCAACACAAAUGCUACCUCUGAAACGAAAUCAUCAUCGAUCACGCCAAAUAACAAUAAUAAUGUAAACAAAAUCGCUACAAAAACAAACACGGCAACAACCACAUUGAUCACUUCGAACGCCUCCUCCGCCACAUCGAAUGCCAAAAAUGUAAUUAACACGAACAACAUUACGAAUGCCACUACCACAACAACCAUUAUCAACAACAAAACAGCUUCUCCGCCCACCCCGCAAUCAGCAGCAGCUUCAGUUGGCGCCACCACAAAUGCCACUGAAAAGGAAGAAUUAGAUUUCCAAUUCGACGAAGAACUUAUGGAUCCCAUCCCAGCAUCUGGACGUAUAAAUAAUUUCACCGAAAAUUUCUCCGACGACGACGAAUCCGACUACGAAUUUGCUGAUCGCGACAUUAAUAAACUGCUGAUUGUCUCACAAGUACAACGUGCACCGAAACACGAAGGCUACGAUCGCACUGCCGACUACCAUUCACGCACGAAAAUCACACAAGAUCUCGAGAAUGUCAUAAACGAUGGUUUGGCCAACUAUGAGGAAGAUCUCUGGACCACAUCGAAUGUGGGCACAGCUUAUCGUACGGUAAAUGUAAUAUCCCAAGAAGAUUUUGAGAAAAUGAGUGGUGGUCGCGGUCAACGCAUCUACGCACAACAAGCACCGCCACCACCGCCGCCAGCUUAUGAGGAUGAGGAUUCCACACUGAAUAGUACACUCAAUUCGACAUUGAAAUCACGUCGUGCACGUUUCUAUGCCGCACCCAGUUCACAUUCAAUUGAUCCGCGUACGCCACGUAAACGUAAGACCCGCCAUUCAUCGAAUCCACCAGUGGAGGCGCACGUCGGUUGGUUGCUCGACUCGGUCGAGCAUCGUCCACGUACCACUUCUAUGGGUUCGUCGGCGGGCACUUCACCAACAACCUCAUCCUAUGGUUCAUCUGUGCCACAAUCUUUGCCGGUCUUCCAACAUCCUUCGCACUCGUUGCUAAAGGAGAACAAUUUUACACAACAAGCUUACCACAAAUAUCAUUCACGCUGCCUGAAGGAGCGCCGUCGUCUAGGCUAUGGCCAAUCACAGGAGAUGAACACACUGUAUCGUUUCUGGUCAUUCUUUUUGCGUGAAAAUUUCAACAAAACAAUGUACAAUGAGUUCCGUUCUUUGGCGCUGGACGAUGCCAGCCACGGCUUCCGCUAUGGAUUGGAGUGUCUGUUCCGUUUCUUUUCGUACGGUUUAGAGAAGAAAUUCCGACCAAAUGUCUAUGAGGACUUCCAGGAUGAGACAAUCGCCGACUAUGAAAUUGGUCAACUCUACGGUCUAGAGAAAUUCUGGGCUUUCCUCAAAUACUACAAAAAUGCCGACAAACUUACGGUAAAGCCAAAAUUGGCCGAGUACUUGAAAAAAUUCAAAACUAUCGAAGACUUCCGUGUCGUCGAGCCCGAAAUCAAUGAAAUGCUGCAAGGUGUUGGCAGUCUCGGUCGCGGUCGCAACUUGAACCGGUUACGCAGCGUCUCCGAGAGUGAUGGCACAACGGUAGUUGGCGUCGGUGGACGCAAGCCGAAUACGACAAUCAGCAAUCGCAGCGACUAUGUCGGCAAUCGACCACAAUAUCAGCAACAACACCAACAGCAGCAGCAACACAAUAAUCAACCGGCCGGCAAUUAUGCCAACUUCAGCAGCAACCGACGCCGCACCGGCUCCUUCGGCAGUGGUAAUGUGCGUGUACGUAGCGGUUCGUUGGGCAAUAAGCCGCAAGUGGUGACACGCAACAAUAAUUAUCAUCAUCACCAUUACGGCAGUUCACCGCACGAGCUGCGCCGUGGCGGCAGCAAUUCCGGUUUGGCACCGCACAAACAGCAAAAUCGCCAACAACAGCAGCAGCAGCAGCAUCAGCAGCAACAACACCAACAACAGGCGCAAAAGCCUAAACAGCAGCAGCAGCAACAAGUACAAAUUAAGGAUUCCAAUAAUGCGCUGGGCGCAAACUCAACAGCGGCGAAAAAAGAACAUCAUCAGAACUAUGCGGCGGCGGCAGCAGCAAAAUCAAGUAAUAAAUCGAUAGUCAACAACAAUACAGCAACAAAAGUCACUGCGCCAGCCGCAACGGCAAGCGUGGCGGCGUCGGGCGUGAAUGCAACAUCAGCGGAGAAAUAAUUGUUUAUUAGCAUGAUUUUCCUUGAAUACAAAAACAAAAAACACACACACACACUUAUUUGCUACUGUUAGUUUAUCUUAUUAUAAUUACUAUAUUUUUUUGCAUAACGUAUGUGUUUUCUGCUAGUUUUUGAGUAUUUUCAUGACUACAAGCGACACACACACACAAAAUUAGUAUACAACACACAUAACGGUAAACUAAUAUGCAGACAACGGAAUAAAUAAUGCAAGUGAAUGCAAAAAGUUCAAUUGAUAGCGAAAUAUCAAGUCAAAUCAAAUUAUAACAAUGAAAAUUAGUAAACCCUUAGCAAGACGGUUGCGCAAAAAUUGACAUUUGCUCUCUGGCAUUCUUAAUAAAUACAAAUACCCGCAAGGUCAAGUUGAAGCGCAACGUGUAAAUGAUUGAAAAUCAUGUUAAAACAUGUUACAUACACCUGAAUUUUGUUUUUAUUUUCUUUUUAACUUAAUUUAUGAAAAAAAAUAAAUUAUGAAGAUGCUCAAAAUACUGCAAAACUUUAUGAAAAACCCACACACACAUACAUUUAUAUACUAUUACUACGAUAUUGUCAUGCAUGUUACUAUUAAUUGUAAAUCUAAUUUCAUAGACGUUCAAAGCGUCGCUUUACGACUUUACAUACAUAGAUAUAUCUACAUAUAUAAAACAACCGAACAUAUAACGUUAAAGAAAUAUAUUUGCUAAAGUGACUUUUGUAUAAAAAUGCGAAAAAAAGCGCAAACACAAACAAAUAUGCAUUGAUAUUUUCAAAAGGCAAAAAGGCAAUCAAAGGGAAGGAGUUUGACACCACAAUAUAUACAUAUGUACAUACAAACUUCCAUAAGUGAAUGGUUGGUUGAGUGUAGUGUGAGUGAGUAGGUUUAACUGUAACGGUUGUAAUGAGCAGCUCCUUUUAGCUCAACAGAUGUUCACCAAAACACAACGAAUACGAAGCAAACGAGGUUUACACUCACAUAAAAAAAUAUAUAGCCAACAUGAGACUGUUGCGCCAAGCCAAUGGGGGGGAAACUAUUGAGCAAUAAUGCAUUGUUGAUGCAUAACAUUUAAGGUUUACUACUGCAAGCAGAGUUAGAUACAAAUUGCAAACAAUUUCACAUAAAUAUUUCUAUUUGCUAAAUAUAUAUAUGUACUUUAUUUACAUAUAUAGUAUGGAUACACAUACAUAUAUUGUGCUGGACUACAACUUUUGGGUAAACACAUUUUUUUAAAGUAAGAGUAGCGGCAAAUCAAGAGCGUAGCGAGUAGUCGACACAGUGCAGCCAACUGCGUGCAUGUGUGUGUGUACAGUGCCAACCAAACUAGCUAGCAGCAAAGGUAAAUUAGUUAAAAGUUAAAGAAAUACGCGUGGAAGACACACAUGCUGCUGCACUGCGUUGCAUAGCGGAAAUUAAUAUACAUUUUUUUUAGAAAGGGAAUCGCUUACAUAUGAAGUAGUAGGUCAUUAGAAAACAAUUCAGAGUGGAGAAGGCAAAUAGCUAAGAUAUUGAAAAAAAACGCAUAAUAUGCAAAAAUAUUUAUGCUAAGUAAUUUGAAAAAAAAAAAAAAAAAAAUUUAAUUAAAUGAAGUUAUUUAAAAAAUACAACUACAACUACAACAAUUAUGUGUUAGUCUAAAGCCACAAGAAAAGUAAAUUAAUGCAAUAAAUGACAAAGGCAGACAUAACAAUUGUAUACAAGCAUUGCUAAGCCAAUAAAAUUUAUAUAUUUAUAUUGUAUAAGUAUGUAUUAUAUAGUGAGUGCGUUAUGACGUUGACAACUGUUCGACAACAAACACUACUACUACUAACCACAUAUAUAAAUAUGUAUGCUUAUAUGUAAAGUACAGUUAUAUAGUAUAUAUAGAUUGAUACUUGAUAUUUAAAUGCAAUGCGCAGUAAACGAAAACAAUAACAACAAUAUAUUUGUAUGGUAAAUUAAAUAUAAAUUUAUGAAAUAUUAAAAUAUUGUAAGCGUUAACACGCAAUAAUUAUGUAAACGUUUGAUUAAAGCUGCAACAAACAACUAAGUAAACCUAAAGCAAGACAGCUGUAGAGUCAUAAGCAUUUAAAAAGCAAGAAAACAUUAUAACAACAAAAAGUCGCAGAGCAUAACAUGCAACAUGCGAAAAAAGUUUCAAACAUCUUGCAACAGCAAAAUGUUGCACUGUAGAAUGUUGCAGCUCUAAAAUGUUGUAACUGUAAAAUGUUGCAGCUGUAAAUUUUUUGCAACUGCAAAAUGUUGCAACUGCAUAAUAUUGCAACUUUAGAAUGUUGCCUCUUUAAAGUGUUGCGGUUCCAAAGUUUUGCAACUUCCAAAUGUUGCAGCUGUAAAAUCUUUGGAACUGCAAAACGUUGCAACUGCAUAAUGUUGCAACUCCAAAAUGUUGCAACUUCAAAAUGUUGCAGUUCCAAAGUUUUGCAACUUCCAAAUAUUGCAGCUGUAAAAUGUUUGCAACUGCAAAAUGUUGCAACUCCAAAAUGUUGCAACUGCAUAAUGUUGCAACUCCAAAAUGUUGCAGUUCCAAAGUUUUGCAACUUCCAAAUAUUGCAGCUGUAAAAUGUAUGCAACUGCAAAAUGUUGCAACUCCAAAAUGUUGCAACUCCAAAAUGUUGCAGUUUCAAAAUGUUGUAAUUAUGUGUCAUAUAAAGCACCCAAAAAGCAGCAACAAAUUUCCUAACCGUUAAAAAGAAUGUAGAGCUCUUCUUCUUAAAUAUUGAUAUUGUGUGUAAUACAUAAGUUACCACUAACCAGUAAAGUAAUGUUAAUGUACUCAUCAAUGCAACAAAUUGCAAAAUUCCUUACGAUUACGUUGUGAAUUUUUUUUUACACAUUCUUUUAAUUUAAACUAUGCCACUCAAGCAAAAAUAUUGCAUACACAUGUUGCCACAUGCCACAUAACAUUUAUAUAUACAUAUAUAUUGACACAAACACCCACACUGCCGUCUACUACUACACAGUGUAUGCCCCAACAAUAGCAUUUUCACACACACUCACACCAAAAUCACCAAAUAGAAAUUUAUAAAAAUAACAAAAACGUCGUGUUGCAAAUAACGCUGCAUGCGCGAAUUCCAAAUGCACUGUGUUGCCGUAAGAAAAUCCAUACAUUAUUGCAAUUAAAUCAACUUCUGUAUAACACUUGUUCUGCCGGCCAUAUAACGGUUGAGCGUCUGUUUUUUCUCGAUUUGUUUUUUUUCCUCAAAUGAUUUCAUAAUUAACUUUUUUUUAUUAAUUAGUUGUGUAAGUGAUUUCAAACUAUAUACAUAUAUAUGUUAAUUAAUGUUAAGUUUUCAUUUGGUUUUUGAUUACAACUUUGAAUUAACGAAUACAUAUAAAUAUAAAAAAAAAUUAAGUAAUUAAAAAAUAAAAGUAAAAAAAAAAAAAUUAUAUAAAUAAAUAAAAAUUUGAAAGCGUUUUGAUGCGCUAAAAACUAAAAAAAAACUACUGAAUUUAAAUAUUAUUAACUAUAAAAUGCUGAAAUAACUAAAUGCAACUCUGCAACAAGCCGUUACAUGUAGCCAAACAAAAUUACGAAUUAAACCAUUAAAUCAAUGAACCGUCAUGAGCUGAGAAUAUGUAGUUGUUUACACUAAACGAUAACUAAUUAAUCAAGUAAAAAAUAUAAUUUAAAAAGAAAUAAUUAAUUUUUUAUGUAUGUUUAAGUGCAAAAACAAAACAAAAAAGCAGAAGUUAAACUAAUGAAGCAAGUAACAAAAAGUUGAAGCACAUACAACCAUAUAAAAAAAUAUAAAUAUAUACUUAUAUAGAGACUUUUUACCAAAACGAAUUAACUAUGUAAACUAAAACUGAAACUGAGAAAAUGUAUAAUUAUUUGAAACAAAGAAGCAAUCGUUUUUCGUUAAACCAAAAACAAAUGAAAAUGGCAUAAUUUAUUAUAGUUUGCAACAAACCAACAAAUAUUUGCAAUACGUUUGUUUGUAAUUAACGAAAAAUCACUUUUUGUGUACAUACAUAUAUACAACAACAAGUUUAGCGCUGUAAUUUGAAUAUUAUCGUUUUUUUAUUAUUUAAAUACCUAUACUUAAAUUAUAACAAUUUUAAUGCGUUUUUUUAGAAUAAUUUUAUUUUUCUUCUUGGCUAUAAAUUUACAUAAAAAUAUUUUUCUUCUUGUAAAUAAUUUUACGGUGCGUAGAAAUGAAGUGAAAAAGAUAUUAACUAUUAUAGCUGCAAUUUGUGUGCAAAAACACAAGAAAAAUUAGCAAAAAAAAAACAAAUUCUAAAGUAAAAUCUCAAAAAAAUUCAGACCCACACAAAAUUAACAGAAUAACAACAUAUACGAAAUAAUAUGCGUGAAUAACUAAUAAAUUUCAAAAUUUCUAAAUAAAAAA